AUGGCAACUACUGUUGGGAGAGGAACACAGAGCAUGAACAUCUACAUAAAGCCAAUUAUGAGAAAGGCAGCGUACCAUAAGAAAGGGAAUCCCGGUGAAACAGUGAAAAUGAAUGGAGGAGAGGAACUGGAAAUGAAAGGAAAGGGUUUCGCCGUUGGCGCCGGAGAUCAUCAAAACGUCGUCGUCGACGGGAAUCCAGAGUGGGUUCCCGAUCACCGGACGGGAAUUUUCUAUCCAAAAGGUCAAGAGAAGGUCAUUGCAGAUGUUCCUCUGUCAGCUGCCGGAAAAGAUGAUGUCAGAAUCAAUUGGUUUUCCAACCAUGAGGAUUUCAUUUGA